ACAGCUAAUGGCAGGUUUAUGUAUUAAAUAUUUGACAUUUCUCUGACUAGUUUGUGUUUUUAUGUUUGAAAUGAAGAAAUAACAGUAGAUAAAUUAACUCUACACGGUUUCCAUGUAGAACGUUUCACACUCGGAGUGGAUUCUUAUCUUGGUAGAAGAAGAUGGACCAUGAGAAGCGGGAGAAGCUGUCUGAGCUGGUGGAAGAGUUGACAACCUCUGGAGAACCACAGCUCAAUCCAGCUAAAAUGAAAGAAGUGAAGAACAUCUGCAAGCUCUCCAACGACUACAUCGACCACUUCUACCACCUCGUCAUGACGCAGCUAAAUCAGGAGCACGCAGAGAUCCGCCUGUCUGCGUUUCAGAUGGUUACCGAGCUCUUCAGCCGCUGUCAUCACUUCAGGCUCCUCCUGGUCUCUAACCUGCAGCUGUUCCUGGAGCUGACGGUCGAGACGGACGUCGAUCAGCCGCUGCCGCCGCCCAAGGAAGUGGCCAGGAAACUGAAGACCCAGGCCAUUCAGACCGUGCAGGGCUGGCAGGCCACGUAUGGCAACGCCUACAAGAAACUGGCUCUGGGUUAUCACUUUCUGAAACAAGUCAAAAAGGUGGAUUUCCAGGACGUUGAAGCCAGAACUCUGGCUGAGAGGAAGAGACAGGAAGAGAAACAACAGCGACUGGAGAGAAUUUAUAAAGUGAAGCUGGAAAAGGCCAAGCAGGAGAUGGAGGAACUGACCUCUGAGAUCGAGGAAUCUCUGACGGAGAUCAACAACUGCAUGACGCUGAUCGUUCCCGAUCAUUUCGAUCUGUUCAGCACCGAAUCAGCGACGCCUGCCGAGAAGACGUGCAGCAGCAUUUCCGACACCAAAGUCUCAGAUGAAGAGCCGUGCUGUAGUAAAAAUCACAGUGACGAAACGGCAGAAGGAAGAAGGACGGAGGAGGAUAAAGAGGAGGGGUGUGAAGGGAGCGAUACGGAGGAGGGCGGCGUGGACGCGGACAUGUUCAUCCGGAGCACCGGACUGAUGUCUCGCACCUACCAGCUCGACCUAAACAUUAACACAGAUCUGAACGUGAAGGAGACGGAGGACAACGAGGCGAUACUGAACAACAUAAAAGAUCUGCAGAGGGUCAUCAGUACCAAACAUCUCCCCAUCGUCCAGUCCUGGGUCCAGGUUUUUACAAAAGUGGGUGUGGAGGAGCGACUGAUGAAACGAGCCACUGAUCUGAAGAAAUCACUGGAGAAAGCUCUACAGAAACACAACGAGCUUCAUAUCGACUACAAAACCAGGAGCAGAAGAGUGAUUAAGGCUGGAGAGGAAGAUGACGAUGAGGAUGAUGAGGAUUUUGAGGAGGUACCAGAAAAGGAGGGUUAUGAGCCCCAUAUCCCGGAGAAUCUGCGAGCCGAGUACGGUCUUGAUCCUUUACCAUCCACUUCCACCUCUGUGACCAAACCAAACCCUCCGAAACCUGCGGUAAGACCCGCAGCAGCACACGUGCAGCCCGCAGAUGUUGCCCGACUCAAGAGGAGGCUGCGUGAUGAAGAGACGGACCCGACGUGUGCGGCAGCUACAUUCCGUGUCCUGAAGGAGAGACUGUCAGCGGGGCCUUCCACAAGUGAAUCCGGAGGCUCAGAUGAUCCCAGCGCUGGCAGCAGUGACCAGGGGGAGAAGAAGGAUAAGGUGCCCGUUGUGCCAUUCGGAAUGGACCUCUACUACUGGGGAGAGGAACAACCCACCGCUGGCAAAAUCAUCAAGUACUCAUCUCAGCACCAGUUUUGGGUUCCUAACGAGGUGGAGGAGGAGGUGGAGAACACGGAGCUUUCUGCCCUCAUGAAAUCUCGGUGUAUAACCUUCGCCGGGCGCUUCCAAACCGUGGAGCACAAGUGCAAAGCCCCGAUGCCCAACGGCUCGCUGUGUGAACGCCAGGACAGAGUCAAGUGUCCGUUCCAUGGGCCGAUCAUCCCUCGGGAUGAGCUCGGGAGGCCGGUGAAUCCUGAAGACGCUGCUCGUCUGGAGAAACUGGAGUUCAAGCGCAGACAGGAGGAACCAGACUGGAGAGAUCCACAGCUGCUGAGGGAGAUUGAAGCAGCUACUGGUGAAGAUCUGGGAUCCUCGAAAGUAUUCGGGAAGGGAAAAAAAUCUGGAAAAGGCAAAGGAAAGAAAAGGAAGCAUCCAAAUCUCACCGACCUGAAGCAAAGUGCCAACACGUCCCGCGCCAGGCUGGAGAAGAGAGUCUUUAAUAAGAGCUCCAUGAAGCGAAUCGUUGCAGUCAUGAACAAAAUGGACAGCAGGAAACAUGAGAAAUUUGCAAACCAGUUUAACUAUGCACUGAACUGAGCGUCACAUGAUCAUCCUGUACUUAACACUAAUUUAUUAUUACUGUGUGUGUGUGUGUGUGUGUGUGUGUGUGAGAGUGUGUGUGAGUGUGUGAGUGAGUGACUGUGAGUAAAUAAGUGGGUGUGUGUGAGUGACUGUGUGAGUGAAUGAAUGAGUGAGCGUGUGUGUGUGUGUGUGUAUAUAUAUAUGUGUGUGUGAGUGAGUGACUCAAUGUGUGUGUGAGUAAAUAAGUGGGUGUGUGUCAGUGACUGUGUGUGUGUUUGCGUGUGUGACUGUGUAUUUAUGUGUGUGUGUGUGUGUGUGUGUGUGUGUGUGUGUGAGUGAGUGACUCAAUGUGUGUGUGAGUAAAUAAGUGUGUGUGUGUGUGUGAGUGACUGAGUGAAUAAGCGAGUGUGUGUGUAUGUGUAAUUGUUUGACUGUGUGUGUAAGUGACUGAAUGUGUGUGUGUGUGUGUGUGUGAGAGAGUAAAUAAGUGGGUGUGUGUGAGUGACUGAGUGAAUGAACAAGUGAGUAAGCUAGUGAGUGAGAGUGAGUGAGUGAGUGAGUGAGUGAGUGAGUGAGUGAGUGAGUGAGUGUGUGUGUGUGUGUGUGUGUGUGUGUGUGUGUGUGUGUGUGUGUGUGUGUGUGUGUGUGUGUGUGUGUGUGUGUGUGUGUGUGUGUGAUAAUUCACUGCACUGUACUGUAUUGACACACUGCUCAGGUUGUAACUCCCCUGCACUCAGUGUUUUUGCAUAGACUCUGGCUGGACCUGUAGCGACCCUGACCCUGACCAGGAUGAAGUGGUUAUUUAUGAAAUAUUAAGUGUAGCGUAAUAUCAGACAAAGUGAAGUGAAAAGAAAUAAUGUGCAUGGAAAUCAUGGAAGUUGAUUAUUAAUAAUAAUCAUUUUGUAAUUAUUUGCUAAGACGUUUCCAAAAUGUAAUGAAUGUUUUUCUUGAAAUGUUUUAAUAAAAUGAUUUAAUUAAUUUAA